AGAAAUUUAAAGUCGGAUGAGUGAGAGUGACCGGAAGAGGAAGUGCAAGAGAAGGGAAGGAUGUGGUGAAUAUUCUGGCUCUGUUGCCGGAAAAGGAGCCGCGACGGACUGCAAGAAACAUCAAAGCAUCUCGUGUUACACCCGUUUUGUUUCAUCUUAAAACCCCUGCGGAUUUUGCGCGCGCUUUUUCUUAAAGUAAUGCAGACUGUACUCGAGAAGAAAGUCUUCCUCAUCAACACCCUGUCUGCGGACUCAAGCUUCAUCCUGCAGUAUGCUCAACAAGACAAAAUCAUCACCAAACGUGAAUACAACAACCUCAACCACCGUAACCACACAUCGGAGCAAAUUGUCACUAACCUUCUGGACACUGUAAUGAACAAAGGUGAUCAGAUGUGUCACAAAUUUGUGACUCUCUUGAAGCAAGGAGAGAUUCAUGAAAAUUACCCUGAGCUGCUGCAAUAUUUCCCCCCCGUACCUAAAUCACACAACCAGGAUAUUCCAGACCAUGAGGGACAAGUCUUACCUAUUAAUCCAUACAGAAUGUCCAGCAAUCCGCGUGGCCACUGUCUGAUCAUUAACAAUGUGGAUUUUGUUACACCUUCCAAAACCCGCUAUGGAUCUAACAUAGAUGAAGAGUCUCUUAAAGAGGUAUUCCAAUGGCUGGGUUUCAGUCUGGAUGUAUACAAAAACCAAACCGCAGAACAGAUGAAGAACCUGUUGAAGAACUUCAGCCAGAAACACCACGCUGGGGACUGUUUUGUCUGCUGUAUAAUGAGCCACGGCUCAGCUGAAGGGGUGUAUGGCACAAAUGAAAUCAUAGUCACCAAAGAUGACAUCUUUGGCCCAUUCACAGGAAAGUCAUGUCCGAGCCUAAACGGUAAACCCAAAGUAUUUUUAAUCCAGGCCUGCCGUGGAAAUAAGAGACAUCCGCCUGUUCAUGUCCAAGCUGAUAGCUAUGAGGAAGAAGCGGAAGCAGAAGACGACAUGUCAGUAGACAUGAAUUCUCUUCAGAUGAUUUCCAUUCCAGAAGAUGCCGAUUUCCUCAUUGUGAGGUCGACUAUUAAAGGAUACGUAUCGUACAGGGAACAAGCCAACGGCACCUGGUUCAUCCAGUCGUUGUGUAAACAACUUAAAAAGUACUGCCCAAUGGGUGAGGAUCUCCAAAGUAUCCUGCUGUGUGUUAAUAAGGAGGUCAGUGAAAAGGCCUUAGCUAAACAGAUGCCUGUCCAUAAAGUGACCUUGAGGAAGAAGCUGGUGUUCCAUGUGCCACAUCAACAGUAAAACAUGUUUAUAAUGUGCAGCUCAAUAUGCAGAUGCAUUUCAUGUGGAGCAGCAUUCCAUUGGCUCAAUAUUAUUAAAAAAAAAAAAAUUUUGUCUUAGUUAUGAAGACCAGUUUUAGGUAAUACCUUGUAUUUAUGUUUUAUUAAUGCACAUUGAAAUGUAUGCACAAGCGAUUUUAAAAUAUAAAAAUGUAUGCUGAUGAAAACCUGAAUCUGUGGAUGUUUAAUUAAAAACAAGCUGUACUAUUAGCAAUAAUUACAUGUAAAAUUUUAAAGGAAAAUAUAUUUUUUUUUAUAUUUGUAAUUUUUAUGUAUAUUAUACAAAGUUUUCAAUUUGUACCUUGAUUUGUAGAAAAACUUGUAUUUCUAAGUUUGUAAAAUAAACUUUUCCCUCAAACUAUGUUUGUUCAACAUAUUCAUGACUAUAUUGUACACAUUGUCAAUUUAAAGACAAUAAUAAAAAGGUUCAGGGGUGCCUGCAUCAAUUUUAUAAUAAUAUAACCUUUUAUACUAAGAUUAUCAGGUAAAUUCUUGUUUCAUUAAAAAACA